AGUCCUGUGGCUGCAGCUGCCGCAGCGGGCGGGAGGCACGCCUCUGCCGCGGAACGAGCCACUGGGCUGGAGAUGAGGCUGCCCUGCACCAGGCCUCCGCAGCAGAGCUGAGACCCGCCUCGUGCGCCAUGACGCCCCGCCGGGGCCGCCCUGCCAACGCCCGCACUGCGGGCCUCUACUUCACGCUCCCAGAGUGCUCGGACAUCUCGGACCCGCUUCCCCGCGAGGCCUCCGUGCGGCCGCAGCACCCUCCGGGCGUGGCUGGACUGCGCAACCUGGGCAACACGUGCUACAUGAAUGCGGUCCUGCAGUGCCUGGCCAGCGUGCCGCCACUGGCGCAGUACUUCCGGUCGGGACAGUACGUCACCGCGCUGCGCAAGGAUUGCAGGGAGGUGGCUACGGCCUUCGCCUACUUGCUGACAGACCUGUGGCUGGGCGACCCCGACUGCGUGUCCCCUGAGCAGUUCUGGGCCGCGCUGGGCCGCCUGCACCCCGCCUUCACGAGGAGGACGCAGCAGGACGCGCAGGAGUUCCUCCUGUACGUGCUCAACGCGCUGCACGAGGCGUUGAGGAAGUACCAUCGAAGGUCAUGUGAGAAAAGAUCUACCCAAAAAUGCUGCAGGAAGGUGACUUCCAGUGAGACAUCCAUCAUCACCCAGCUCUUUGAAGGACAGCUCAACUACAGCAUUAUGUGUUUGAAGUGUGAGAAUUGCACCUUCAAGAACGAAGUCUUCACUGUUCUCUCCCUGCCUAUCCCGUCCGAAUAUGAGUGCACACUUCAGGACUGUCUGCAGUGCUUUUGCCAGCGAGAUACGCUGACCUGGAGCAACCAGAUCCAUUGUUCCUUUUGUGAAACCAAGCAGGAAACAGCUGUGAGGGCCGGCAUUUCCAAAGCACCAAAAAUAAUUAUUUUUCACUUAAAAAGGUUUGACAUCCAGGGCCAGGUGAAAAGGAAGCUGAGAACCGACAUUCACUACCCGCUUGCCAACCUGGACCUCACGCCUUACGUCAGCCCCGUCUUCCGGAAGCACCCCAGCUACAGCCUCUGCGCGGUGGUGAAUCACUUUGGUGACCUGGACAGUGGCCACUACACUGCUUUCUGUAAGAACUCGGAGACCCAGGCCUGGUACAGCUUUGACGACACUCGGGUCAGUGAGAUUCCAGCUACUUCGGUUCAGACCACCACGGCCUACCUCCUGUUCUACAGCUGCCAGCCCUUCUCUAACCCUACACUAAAGUGCAAGUGUUAGGCAGAGGCUGUUUUCCUGCGAACUGCACAGCAAGGGGCCCGGGAGCCCCAGU